AUGCACCAGCAACCCGAAUACGACUAUAACUACAACAAUGAGUACAACCAGCCUCCUGGAGAUGGCGCCUCGAGCAAUCGUCUCUCGGUUCCAAGCAUGCGCCCGACGCUCGAUGCUCCUAUUCAUUACCAUCCAUCGCCGUUGCCACAGCAGUACAUGCCGCAGCAGACAUUUUAUCAGACAAGCCGCACGCCUGUCGCCAUCUCGCAAUUCCCGUAUGCUGAGUCUCUUCUGGAGCACAAGCCUGCUGCUGUAUAUCAGCAAGACUCGGACUACCGAAUUCAGACCACACCACUGGAUCGGAUGUGUGAUGUCUGUCAGUAUCCAGACCCUGUUAUCAUAGCUCCGAACUGCAAUCACACGUUUCAUACGCGCUGCAUUCACGUAUGGCCGCUUGAUGCUUGUCCAGCUUGCGCGGCACGUGUCGAUCAAGUUGCCAUUUCGCCCAAUGUCAACAUGAUGGGGAGCCCUGAGUUACGCAGUGGCAAGUGGACCCGUCCUGAAGAGGAAUUUAUUGACGGCAUUCUUUGUGAAUUUGAUAGACAAGCUUUACCCCUUGCACAUGGGACACCCAUUCGAUUAGUGCUCGCUAAAAUGCUAAAUUGUUCGACAAUGAGACUAUCAAAGAAGUUUCAAAAGAAUGCAUUGGGAAAGCGAACUUGUAGGGUGAAAAAACCUAGUAAAGGCGAAAGAGCAGUCCGAUUUGACCAGGUAGAUCAUGCACGAAGACAGUGCGAGCUUUCUCGACUGGAACACAUUUUUCGACAGGAACUAGUUGACCAGUUUCGACGUGAAAACAACACAGACGAGGGCGCUUUGGUCGAGACACAACAUUUGCGACUUGCAGUUCAGCAAUUUUGGGUGAACAAUUUCUUACGAUUCGCCGUCCUAAUUGGCCAGCCUGUGGUGGGACUGGACGUUUCCGACGCUAAGAAACGCAAACGCGCGAUGCAGCUGCUUCGCAACGGACAUUUUGACGAACUCUUGUCAUGGCAUCACCAUCCGUCACCGGCCAACAUGACUAGUAUAACGCCCAUACCACCGAUCUUAAGUGCAACGUUGACAGAAAGUGGCAUCACAUCAGCAACAUGGAGCUCCAAUUUGCCUUUGCAGUCAUCCUCUGUUCUCGGGCCGACUGUACCGUCUAUUCCUGCACUUGUCCAUCAACCAGAACAACAGCCACUGCGUCCUUUAAAAAAAAUGCGGACCCCAGAGACAACCGUUGACUUGAGCCGCUAUGGUCUACAGUCUGGUCGCCUGGAUCACUCGCAGUAUUCCCAGUAUGGCCGCUACUCUCCAUCACCAGCAUCUUCAACGACCACAUUUGAAUUUAGUCAGCAACAGCAGCAAUAUUCGUCUGAGUCUUUUUUGCGUCCAUCGGCUUUUCUACCCUACUCUGAUGCUAAGUUGGAAAAAUCCGAUAUGGGUUAUGCUAAUGUUUUGCAACACCAACACCAACACGAACAAUUAAUUCCAAGCCUUGUUGCCCAUGAGGGUGCUGUCCAUGAUCAGAGGACUGAAUUUACGCCGACGGCUUAUCCACGAGCCCAUGAAUCUUAUCACAACAAUAAUGGCACCAAUCAGGCAGCAUCAUGGGACGAUUUAUUAGAGAAUAUGUCUACUGAGGCAAAUGCUGGCACUAACGCACAUGUGGCGCCUGCUAAUCAAGUUCACACUGGUCAUGCGAGCAUACAUUCUUGGUCCAAUAUGCACAUGAUGUAA